AUCUAUUUCCAAAAACAGUCCUAAAAAAUAAAUUAAAAAAAAAAAAUCUGCUGAAAAACAUAAAAAAAAAAAAAAAAUUGUUUCCACUGUUUUGAAACCCACCUUCGCCUCUCACACCAGCUCCGUCACCGCUCACACCUGCUCACUUUCACCACUCUUCGAACAGAUCUCGAAGAGCCACUCCUUCGACAAAUUUCGAACAGGUCUCGGCUCUGGGAGUUCACCGAUCUAGCAGAAGCUCAAAACAAAACCUACGACCUGCUGACCACCGGCAACGCCGACGACCUGCAUUGACAGCCCGGCUCGAAUCCCCUCCGAAGAUUGUGGAAGAAGAAGAAAGAAGAAGAAUGCCGCUAUAUGAUUGUAUGCUUCUGCUGAAACCCCAUGUGAGGAAGGAUUCCAUGAUCGAGUUGGUAGCCAGAGUAGGCAAACAUGUUUACAAACGAAAUGGGGUUCUCACUGAGAUUAAGUCCUUUGGACAAGUUCAGUUGGGUUACGGUAUCAAGAAACUUGAUGGAAGAUAUUAUCAGGGCCAACUUAUGCAGAUGACUAUGAUGGCUACGCCCAACAUCAACAAAGAGCUGCAUUACCUGAACAAAGAAGAUCGUUUGCUGCGAUGGCUUCUUGUUAAACACCGUGAUGUAAAAUUUGGGUUGGACUUUCUUAGUGAAGAUGAUUCUAGAAAUGAACUCAGUAGAUUUCCUCGUAGCAGCAUAUUUAAUUUUAAUGAGGAUGACGAUGAUGAUGAUGAUGACGACGACGACGACAAUGACGAAUAUGAUGCGGAUCAAGAAGGAAAACAGAGUUGACAGUUAUUCUGUCAUAGCUAUUUGUUUUGCAUUAGGUUUCAUCUGUUGGUAUUUACUAUUUUGUUGGAUUGCUUGUAUGUUCUGUCACACUAUCAGGUGACGAUAAGUGGUAUGGCACUUUAGUGAAUUAGCUCAUCAUUCUUUUAGAGCUGUUGCCUGAACGAUGGAUCUAGACUCCUUUAUUUCUUAGCCAGUUGACAAAAACAAAAGAUGAACUUUAAAAUAAUUUUAGUUUGUGGAUAUACAUGAGAAAAGUUCUUGGAA